CUGCCACUUACUAUCAGCGAUCAUCAUUCUGACUGUGGUCUACUGGACUGGAUCAUGCAGCAAACCGUGAGAAGCGAGAUAGGCAUACACUGGCUGGACCGAUGAAAAGACUCUAGAAGAAGAUUUGGAUUUAGCCGUCGAUGAUGAUUUAUGUCUAAUGUCUUGUCGCACAAACUCGAAGAUCUACAGGCAAAAACUAACAAGUUGACAGAAUAGGCAGCGAAAACGGGACUUCAAGUGAAUGUAGAGAAGAUGGAGUUGGAAGUGAUGAAGAUACCCAACCAACAACAGAAUCAAAAACAAGCACCAAUCACCAUUAACAGGAGAAACCUAAAGCAACUUGUCUCUUUCACCUACCCAGGCAACAUAGUAUCAAUUACAGGUGGUGGUGGUGGCACAGACGAGGAUGUCAAAACCAGGAGUGGAAAAGAAAAACAAGCCUUCCCGCAUUAAUCUGAAAUCAGUGUGGAGAUCUACUGCGCUCAGUACAAAGAACAAGAUCCGGAUUUUCAACACCAAUGUCAAGUCAGCCCUGCUAUACGGUUCAGAGACUUGGCACGUCACAAAAAGCAUUUCCAAUAAACUACAAACAUUCACCAACAGCCUUCGCCUACGCUCACUCGAUACUGACACUGAAGAUCAGAUGGAUUGCCAGAAAAAAAUAAGCAACAAAGAACUCUGGCCGGGGAAAGAAACAACCACUAACCCAUCGUGCAACAAAUAUGCAGAAGAAAGUGGAAAUGGAUUGGAUUGGGCAUACACUGAGAAGGCCGACUGGGGACAUCACGCGCCAGGUCAGGUCCUCGACUGGAAUCCGAAUGGGAAACGACGAGUUGGGCGUCCGAUACAAGGGUGAUAUGGAGGAGAUCAUGUGAGGAAGAAAUGAAAGCUUCUAGGCAGUCGUGGCGCCAGGUUCAAAAAGACUGCAGAGAA